GCGGCUGCGGCUGCAGGAACAUGCUGGAAGCCCACGGCCCCGCGGCCGGGAGGUGCUGAAGGGACAGUUCCCGGACGGCGGGCGGGGCGGCCUGAUGGAGACCAUCUGGAUCUACCAGUUCCGCCUCAUCGUGAUUGGGGACUCCACGGUGGGCAAGUCGUGCCUCCUGCACCGCUUCACCCAGGGCCGCUUUCCCGGGCUGCGCGCCCCCGCCUGCGACCCCACAGUCGGCGUGGACUUCUUCUCCCGCCUGCUGGAGAUCGAGCCGGGCAAGAGAAUCAAGCUGCAGCUCUGGGACACCGCGGGGCAGGAGCGGUUCAGAUCCAUCACUCGCUCUUACUACCGCAACUCAGUGGGUGGAUUUUUAGUCUUCGACAUCACCAACCGACGCUCUUUCGAACACGUGAAGGACUGGCUGGAGGAAGCCCGAAUGCACGUCCAGCCCUUCCGGAUAGUGUUUCUGCUGGUGGGGCACAAAUGUGACUUGGCUUCCCAGCGCCAGGUGACAAGGGAAGAAGCUGAGCAGCUGUCCGCAGACUGCGGGAUGAAGUAUAUGGAGACCUCGGCCAAGGAUGCCACCAAUGUGGAGGAGUCCUUCACCGCCCUCACCAGGGACAUCUACGAGCUUGUGAAAAGGGGAGAGAUUUGUAUCCAGGAUGGCUGGGAAGGGGUUAAAAGUGGCUUUGUGCCAAAUACUGUGCAUUCUUCCGAGGAGGCUGUGAAGCCUCGAGCAGAGUGUCUCUGCUGACCGCUGCCCACUGCCUGCUGUCCUGGCCACCUUGCAUAGGGUGCUGGGGUGCAGGGUGCCACCCCCAGGGCAGCGGGAAGCCUCAGAACAGGGAUCUGUCCAGAGGGAGCAGGAGUCUGGUGGGAAUCUGAUCCAGGAAGCUCUGCUUUCUUUUAGGUAAACCAAUGGGCUCUUUUGUCAAAUUCUCAGCAGACAAAUUCGCUGUGGAACGCUGUUAUCUGCACCAUUAGCCCCUGGUUCUUCUUGCUAUAUUCCUAUCAGGUUUACCUUCAACCAAAUAGGUCAUUCUUAAGUAUGUAGACCUGGAGUGAAAAGAUUCUGCCAGGAUUUAUAUUCUGUGAUAUAAAUAUAUAUUGACUAUAUGAAUUUGUUCAUUGCACAUAAUGAACUAACUGUAAGGUCAAUUUAAAAAUGUACCAUUCAUUUACAAAGUAAAUCCAUUCAGAGAUAUCAGUGAGAACUGUAAUACUUGCUCCUUGGUCAAGGUACCAGGUUUUUAACUAUCCUCAGAAAUCUUUAUUCCUCGCCCUCCAUAAUUUUGCUUGAAUAUGUGAAAAUAUGUUUUAU